AUUUUAAACAAUAGUUAUUUUUAUUUCUUUUUUUUUCUAUUAUAUAUAUAAAUAAAUAGUAAAUAAUAAAUAAAUUAUAAUAAAUUAUAAUAAAUAAUAUUUAAUAUUUAUAAUAGUAAUAAAAACAAUAAUAAUUAUAAAAUAGUUUUAAAUCAAUAGUAUAGAAUGAAUAUUUUGAUAAAAUCAGAAUUAGGAAAUGACAGAAGAAGAUUCAGAUUAAAAGAGUGCAGUUUUUCAUGUUUAUGCUAUACCUUAACCUCAAUAUACUCACUUUAUUCAGAUGCAAUAUAUUCCAUCUUUUAUCUAGAUAAUGAAAAUGAAUGGAUAACAUUGGCCUCGACUGAUGAUUUAAAAGAAUCCUAUUCUUUAUGCCCAUCCCUUAUUAGAAUCAAAAUUGUAGUCUUAGAUAUUAGUUUAAAUAAUAACAAUAAUGGUAAUAACAACAAUAAUAGAAUAGAAAACACUAAUUCCAAUAAUAGUAAUAAUAAUAACCCUGUAAAUAAUUUAAAACAAUCCUUAUAUAAUCAAUCCUCAAAUAACCUAAAUAAUUAUCAACAACCAAAUAAUAAUGGUUUUAGAAAUGUAAAUAACAACAAUAGUAAUAUUAACAACAGUAGUAAUAAUAUUCUAAACAACAAUAUGAACAAACAAGUUAUCGAUAUCGCAUCACAACUUUUAUUAAAUGAUAAUAUUAGAAGUCAGAUGAAUUCUAUAUUAUCUGGAACAUUAUCAACAUUUUUGCCAGAAAUUUUAGAAAAAACAAUUCCACACACAAUUCCAAUAUUGGUCUCAACAAUCUCACAAUUAAAAGCAGAAUCUGAAAACAACUAUGACGAACCUUCGUUUUAUAAAAAUAAAGACAAACAUUACUCAUGCGAAGAUGAAACCAAACAUAUAAAUUUAAAAAAUGCAAAUAAAAAUAUACCAACUUCAAAAUCAUCUUAUGAAUUAAAUAAUCAAAAAUCAGGCAACAGUUCAAAUAAACCUCAGCCUUUGCAGCCCAAUAUAAUGUCGCAAUCAUCACCAAAUUUAACAUUCUCCUCCUCAUUAAAUAAUAUAGGAAAUGGUAUGGAGCCUAUUGAAAUUAAUCCAACAUGUAGUAGCAAUAUUACAACCUCAACUUCACUUCCACCAACUCCCACUGCAUCAAUGAUCCCAUCUGCCCAACCUCUGUCAUCUACAUUUGGUUUCAUCCCAUCCCCAAGUGCAAGCAACAAUAAUAAAGAUAAUAUAUCUCAAAGUGUUCCUUCAUCUGUAAAUACAAGAAAAACAUCAACCCCUUCACCAAUCGGAUUCUUAUUUAAAUCUUCAAUAACUCCAACUUCUAGUAAUUUACCUCCUUUCCAUCCACCAAAUACACCAUGUUCAACACCAUUAGAUGGAAGCUCCAACAAUAUUAAUUCAGAAUCAACUCCAUCAACUACCUCUUCAUUUUCCUUUAGACCAGUUUCACCGACAAAUAUUUCAUCACCCUCGUUGGAAAACUCAAAUAGCUCUUUAAAUGGUUCAAAUAGUAACAAUAACAAUAACAAUAAUGAAGUAUCACCAUUAAAAAAGAAAUUUAGAUUUCCAUUCUUUUCAUCAAUUUUAAGUGGAAGCAAUUCAAGUACAACAAAUCUUAAUAGCUCUACCAAUACAAGCAGCACAAAUUUGACACUUAAAAAAUUAGAGUCUCCAGAAAUAUUACCAUUAGAAUCACUAAAUUUAGAUAAACCAAAUACAUCAACCACAAAUCAGGAGCCUACACUAUCAUCCUCAUCAAAUGAUAUCACAAAUGAUAAUUUAAAUAAUAAUAGCAAUGGUAAUCACGAAGACAAGUCAAACUAUCAAUUAAUUGAACCAUUGCCAUUAAGUGUGCUUGGGGAUAUUGGUACAUUAAUUAUUGGAGAUUUACAUGUCAAUAAAAAUAAUGAAAAUGACAAAAAAAUCAAUCUAAAUAAUAGUAAUAAUAAUAUUAAUAGUAAUAGUAUCAAUUGUAUAGAUAACAAUAGCAUUAGUCACCAAAAUCAUAAUUUGGAUGAAGAGUCAGAAGAUGAAAUUUCCAGAGAAAUCAAUUUAAAUGAACACAAAAAAAAUUUAAAUAAUAUUUUAGAUAGUUUAAAAAUUCAAUCUGAUGACUCCAUAGUUAUUCUUUCACCAAUAACACUAUCAUCAUCCUCAAGUAGUAUUACAAAUAACAAUAACAAUAACAAUAAUAGUAUAGCAACAAAUGAUGAAAAAUAA